AUGUUCCUUUCCUCUGUUCUAAUCACUACUACAACACUGUACAGCUUGUGCCAGAGUCAACCAUUGACCACUGCCGAUGUCAAAGGAAAGGCCGUUUUCACCCUGGGACAAAUACUCAACUCCAACACAACCACCAAGCCUCCUGCACAAAGACUUCUGCAGGUGUACCAAAAGUAUGCGAAAGCAGGAGCAUCCGCUCCGAGCCCCGUCCGGAAAGCAGCAGCAUCAGCAACAGUGGCAGCCUCGGUCGCGGCAUCACCAGAACUUAGUGAUGUUUCCUAUCUCUGCCCAGUCACUGUAGGAGGCAAGACCUUAAACCUCAACUUCGACACCGGCAGUGCAGAUCUCUGGGUUUAUUCAAAUCUGCAACCAUCAUCACAGCGAUCUGGUCAUGCUUACUACAACUCCAACAACGCAAACCUGAUGGCUGGCUACAGCUGGGACAUCACAUAUGGGGAUGGCUCAGGUGCGAGCGGCAAAGUCUUCGCUGACAAGGUCGUUGUCGGAAGCGCUACCGCAACCUCCCAGGCUGUCGAAGCAGCAACAUCUGUCUCGUCUGACAUGAUUUCGGACAUUGAGAGUGACGGCAUCCUUGGACUGGCGUUCAGCUCUGUCAACACAGUUUCGCCCAACCAACAAAAGAACUUCUUCGACACCGUCAAACCACAGCUCGCUACGCCUGUCUUCACUGCAGAUCUGAAGAAAGGAGCUCCAGGCAGUUACGACUUUGGCUACAUUGACUCCGCCAAAUAUACUGGGAGCAUUACAUAUGUCAAUCUCAGCACCACUGGCGGCUUCUGGCAGUUUUCCGCAGGCGGAUAUGCCAUUGGCAGUGGUUCCAAAGUCAGCAAGACUUACAGCUGCGUAGCCGACACAGGCACCAGCCUCUUGCUGCUACCCUCUGAUGUUGUCAACGCAUACUACAAGCAAGUCAAGGGUGCUGUUUACAGCAACUACCAGGGUGGCUGGGUCUUUUCUUGCAAUACAAAGCUGCCAACUUUCACUGCAAUCAUCGGUAGCAAGCCGUUCAUUGUACCAGGUACAUACAUGAACUAUGCAAACCUUGGAAAUAACAUGUGUUUUGGAGGUAUGCAAGCUGAUACAGGCAUUGGGUUCAGCAUUCUGGGGGAUGUGUUCUUGAAGAGCCAGUUUGUUGUGUUCUCGCAGGCGGCUGCAAAACCACAGAUCGGUUUCGCUGCGAAGAAGCUCUAA